GUCUCAUAGAUUGUGCGAUUUCCAUUCAAAGUACACGCUUGUGGUACAGUAGGGGAAAGGAAUUGAGCAAAAUACGAGAAACGAACACCAUUAUGACCACGUCUAUAACAGUGAAUAAUAAGAACAGUUAUAGGAGCUAGCUAUCGCCUAUAAUUUUUCGAUAAGGCGAGAAAAGCGACGUGGGUAAAUAUCCGACGGCAGAGAAAAGUCGCUCUUUCGGUAGUCUACAGGUAGCGAUCUCCGCGAACAAGAAGAAGAAAGCUUUUAUUUGUCACGUGCAUAUAUACAGGACAUGUGGCUAUAUCCGUCCGGUGGUCAAACCGGGGUACGUUAUUAGUUCUCUUCUGGUAGGUCGCUUUGCCUUCGUUGAAAACGGAACAGCCAUGUCAAGAAGAAAGCAAACGAAGCCGAGACAAAUCAAACGUUCCCUCGGAGACUUGGAGGAAGGGGAUGACCGCCCACCUGAUGACCUCAGCCUAUCGGAGGAUGAGGGCGGAGCCUCGGACCAGGAAGACUCUGCGGAGUGCGACUCCAGCCCUUCGCGCGAACCGGCUCUGAAUUGUGAAGCCCCCGCAGGGCCCGGGACCCCCGAUACAGCGGGCACGCCUGCCGCACCCGGCCGGGAGGAAGAGGAGGAGAGCCCGCCCCUCAGCUGUAAGGAGGAAGAGGAGGAGGCGGAGUCUUACUGGGACGGCCCGGAUGAACUCCACCUGAGCGAUGUGGGAGGGGUCCGGAGGGUCCUCGCCCGAAGGGACCUGGCCCCCGACGCCACCUGGGGCCCGUACAGUGGGCGGAGCCUCAGCGCGCCGCAGAGAGAAGGGCAGGAGGAAGAGGUAGCGGGCUUGACUCUAACUGGCACAGACACAGAGCUCUGGUUGAAGAGACUUCCUGUUACCUCCAACCACUCAGAGGCCAACUGCACCAUCUACAGUCAAGGUGAGGAGCUGUACUGUAAGGUCACUAAGGCAGUCCAAGCGGGCGACAGCUUGUUGGCCAGGCUGCCGGAGCCCACGCCCACUGAGACCCACAAUGCACCAGUGAAGGAGGAGGAGCCUGAGCCCCCACACCCUGAGAUCCACCUCCUCCCCCAGCAGGCCGGCAUGGCUGCCAUCCUGGCCACCGCCAUCAUCAACAAGGAUGUCUUCCCGUGCAAGGCCUGCGGGAUCUGGUACCGGAGCGAGCGGAACCUGCAGGCCCACCUGCAGUUCUACUGCGCCAGCCGGAAGCAGUCGCCCGCCUCGCCCGCCUCGCCCCCCUCGCCCGCCUCGCCCCCGCCGGAGCACCCUGAGGAGCGCGUCCGCCCCCCGCCCCGCUGCGCCAAGAGCUGCCCCAGCGCCAGCGCCCUGGAGACGCCCGCGCGCACGCGCAGCGGUGAGCGUCCCUUCCUGUGUCUGAUCUGCCUGUCGGCGUUCAGCUCCAAACCCAGCUGUGAGCGCCACCUACAGGUGCACACGGACGCGCGCGGCGGCGCCUGCCCCGCCUGCGGCUUCGCCCCCGCCACGCCCGACCUGCUCCACGGCCACCUGCUCACCCACCACAUGGCGUACCGACCGGGGGCCCGCAGCGAGGGGGCCUCCCCUGGCCCCGGCCUGCCGCCGCUGCUGCUGAGCGCAGGGCUGGGUGAGGACUGUGGGGUAGUGCUGAAGUGCCAGGUGUGCGGUUUCCCCGCGGACACUCUGGCGCUGCUCCAGCAGCACGUGCAGACGCACCUGAAGGUAAUGAGCCCCGCCCCCCGGCAGAGCCCCUCCUCCUCUGCCAGCCCUGACUCCGCCCCCCUGGGGGCCGACGUGUCGCCCGCCCCGCCCAGCGUGCGCGUUAAAGAGGAGCCGCAGUCCGACGCGGAAAACGAGGCUCCUCCCCCCUCCCGAAGCCCCUCCCCCCAGGCCCCGCCCACAGCGCAGGUGAAGGCGGAGCCCGCCAGUGCCACGCCCGGCUCCAGCCCGGAGCCGCAGGGAGGGGCGGCCCCCCCGCCCCAGGCCUCCGAGAUUUUGGCUAAGAUGACCGAGAUGGUUCACGCCCGCCUGAGGCAGAGCCACACCCCGACUGCGCCCGUCGGCCCCGCCCCAGCCCGGCCCGUCCACAAGGGGGCGACGUGCUUCGAGUGCGACAUCACUUUCAACAACGUCAACAACUUCUACGUCCACAAGCGGCUGUACUGCUCCGGCCGGCACCAGCACGGGGACACGCCCGCAGCCACGCCCGCCGCCGCCGCCGCCGCGUCUCAGCCGAAGGAGCGGGCGGAGCCGUCCCCUCCCGCCCUCGGGCUCGGCCCCUCCCCCGGGGCCCCGGCCCCGCGCGCCGCCUCGGACGGGAAGCCCGCGGAGGCGAAGGCCGAGGGGGUGGGGCUCAGGGAGGCCUCGGGCUCGGAGGGCGAGAGCGGCGGGCGGGCGAGCGAGGCGAGCGAGGGCAGCCAGAGCCCGGGCGGCUCGGGCGAGGACGCCGGCGACCCCGACGCCACCUUCUGCCGGGCGUGCAACAUCCGCUUCAGCCGCCGCGAGAACUACGCCGUGCACAAGCGCUUCUACUGCGCCUGGCGCCGCCCGGCCCCCGGCAACCAGCGGGCCCCCGCCGGCAACGGCGGCUUCCCGCCGCAGCCCGUCCGCACGCGCAAGCGCAAGAAGAUGUACGAGAUCCACGCGGCCCGCGGGCGCGCCCUGGCCGGCUCCGCCCCCGCUCCCGAGCCCGCCCUCGCCCCGCCCCCGGGGCUCGGCUCCACCCCCUCGCCCCGCCCCGAGGGGGACGGCCCCGUCGACCUGCGCAAGAGGCCCCGCCCGCAAGAGCCGGUGGGGCCCCCCGCGCCCCCCGCCCCCGUCCUGAGCGACUACCACAAGUGCACGGCCUGCAGCAUAAGCUUCAACAGCAUAGAGAACUACCUGGCGCACAAGGCGUACUACUGCCCCGUCCCGCUGCAGCGCCCCCCCCUGCAGCCUCGCACCCUCGCCCCCCCCAGACCCGGCCCCUCGGACCGGCCGGACCCGCCCCCCGCCCGCACGCGAUCGCCCGGCCACAGCCCGCCCACGCCGGGGUCAAAGGGGUCAUCUCCGCACUCCAGCCCUCCCAGCUGCCCCCCGCUGACCUGCCCCUACUGCCCUCCAGGGGGCACCGUUGCGGGGGACCUGGUGGAUCACUUCAGAACUGCGCACGGCCUGGUUCUGACCCGCCUGCCCUGCGGACCGCCUCCCGGCAGCCACUCGCCGGGCCGGAGCGAGGCUCCGCCCCCUCAGGCCAGCCCCGCCCUCAAGCCCCGCCCGGACGCCGCCAACGGGAGCUCCGCCCCCUCGUCCCCCCUGCUGAACGGAAGCCCCCGCCUCGCCCCGCCCACUCCCCCUCCGGCUGUCUCGCCCGUGGCCGAGGUCACAAAGGAGGCGGGACGGAACCCGCCGCAGAACACGCCCGCCCUUGCCCACGUCCCCGCCCACACGUCCCCGAAAGCGGCACAGGUCUCCCCCCUGCCGAACGGGACGUCCCGCUUCUGCCGGCUCUGUAACAUCCGAUUCAGCAGCCUCUCCACCUUCGUCGCCCACAAGAAGUACUACUGCUCCUCCCACAGCGCGGAGCACGUCAAGUGAAGGCCCGCCCCUCCCCCGGCUCUGCUCCGCCCGGUGACAGGCCAGCCGCGUCCCGCCCAGCAGCUCCCCGGCUGCCAAUGAGCCCGUGCCGGCGGGCGUGUCCGAGGGCGGGGCUCACCGUGGCUUCGCCUUCUGGGGGGGCCGUUACUCAGCGCAUCCUGUCGCUCCCGGUGCCGUUACUAUGGCAACUCGAGACAGGGGUCAGGUCUUUAAUGACACUAAACGAUGAAAUCUACCUGCGCGCUCGUUAGCGUGCCCACCUGGGCCCUCUGUCCCGGGGUUCCUGGCAUGUCCCGUAUCCGGGCGUGGUGUUUGGAUCCUACGCAGUCCGCAAGCUUUAUUUCACUAUUUCAUUUCUGAUUAGCCCGAGCAUUAUGUGCCAAUGUAGAGUUCAUUUUUUUUUUGUCUCCGUCAAUGUUGUGGUGUGGGAUGGGGAAACACCGCCCCCUAGUGGCAAGAUCUCUCCUACAGGGACUGCAUUGCUUAGGUAUAUCCGAAUUAUAUAAUGUAAAAGUUCGUUCAGACACUGGUGGUAUCACUGAAUUGAAAAAUUGAAUUGUGUCCCAUGAUUGUAGGAGUGCUAAGGGUAUUUUUUAUUCUUUAAACCAGGAUUGGGAGCGAACAGAUUUCCCUUCUGUGGCAGGGAUUACGUCAACAUAAGUCCUUAACUUGGACUCACAAAUAUGAGUAAGAAUUUUUUUCUUCACGCACAAUUUGGUGAGUUCAUCAUGAACACUAACUCUCCAAACUUAGCUUGUGAAGAAAGAGCUUGCAUUCAGUCGUAUGUUAAGAUCAUAUUUUGACUGUACACGAGCCUGUGUUUCUUUGGGGGUAAAAUACUUAUCUCUUGGUCCUCACUGAUUUCAUGUAAACUACCUUUUUUAAUGUUACUUGUUUUGUUUUAUUUUUAGCUUUGGAAAGAUUUUUUUGUGUGUUUUAGUAGUGUUUGUAGUCAGUGUUGCUGAUUAUGUUUAUUUUUUCUAGGCAUGAAGUUUUAUGCAAAAGGGAAAUGGGAAGGGAAACUAUCAGUUUGAAGUUUUAAUCCGCACACGUGCACACAAGCCCACACACACAUGCACAUAACCCCACAGAGGUGCACAAAGACCCACACACGUGCCCAUAGACCCGCACACGCAUAUAGAUCCACACACGUGCACAUAGACUGCUGAAAAAAAACUUUAUCACCUUUUUUGCACUGUGUUUAGGUCUAGAGGCUCUUUUGUAACGUAUUUAUCUUUUAGCGGCACUUUCCCUGUCCAAAACAACCCCCUCAACGGCUGGUAAUGCAUUUGGGACGUUUAAUAUGACCUACACGAAAAUAUUUCGUGACACGACAUGUUUAAACAAGUUUUUAAUUAUUUUCUAUUUUGUUUCUACAUCAGUUCCACUACACUCUUGUUCAAACUAUGCAUGGAGAAAUAAAGCGUACUGAAGGACUUGUAAAGGCGGAAACGUUUUAUUUUACUCGGCACCGUCGAGUCCUGUCUCAUAGUUUUCAGAAUUGCAAGCACGCGCAUGGCCUACGCUGAUACACAGAAGACAUACUCUGUCCCGAGUACCCGACUUUGUACAGGCGGAGAACUAUGAUACAGUACACAUUGUAUGGAGACUAUUCAGUUGUCUUUUUUUUCAUAAACGGCAUUUAUAAUUUUGCAAAGAGCCUAAGAAGCACAAUAUCAGUUUAUCGGCCCAACUAUACAGAAACUAUCCAAUCAACUGUCGGCCGCCGUUUUCUGUGGGCUGUAGGCUACUGGUGAAGCUGCUCAUGUUUACUGUUAUUUUUGGCGGCAAGGAUUAAAGUAUGGAAAAAAUAAUGUCUUCGAAUGGCUCUUACAAUUUCAAAUGUGCGCUUCACUUAUUUUGUCUCAUUAGCCCAGCAACUCAGCAGGCCUACGAAGCAACAGUUUCAAUCGUAACAAAGCCGCACGGAGAUGCUGUCUGCUGGAGGAGGUUAGGCGGCUAAUGCGAAUCCCAGGAAGCACUAAAAUUCACCAGAUAUUCAAUUUAAAUCCAGCGGUGCCGUGACGUGUCUCUGCAAAUGAAAGGACGUAGCAUAAAUUUGUGGUUGGCUAAUAUAGCCCUGAUGCAUUUUUUUUAAAAUUACGGUCAAAGCUUGAAUAGACAUGAAGAUGAACUUUAUAUGACCAGCAAAUAGUUGUUUUAUAUGUCUUAUUAAACGAAUUAUUCUACACUACAGGCUAAAGCCCAUUAAUGUGCCAAUUUCUAUACAUAUGGGGCCAUUCGCCCUGGUGAAGAGCGGAAAUUGUAGCCUAUAAUGAAAGCUUCUUUUUUUAAGAAGUAGCCUAGCCUUCACACAAUGCGCGCAGCUGCAAACUGCCAUUUAAAAAUCUAAAUACGUCAUGCUUUGCAGCACAUAACCUAUGUAUAUUUAUAUUAGAUCUUCACGAUUAAUUUCACCAGGAAAACCCCAUUGAGAUUGAAAUCUCUUUUGCAAGGGGGACCUAACAUGAAACACUAAGUUACCCAACAAGACCUACACCUAACAAAAUGUACAAACAUCAAAUGUGGAAUGAGAAAGAGGUGUAACAAUAAUUAAAAUUAGAGAAGAGGUUAAAAGAGGUUAAUAGCAGGAGCAUACUUGGGUCACAGAGUCAUAAAUUGCGUGUUUAAAGUCCACAAUUUAAAUUAAUUUGUCAAGUUUAAAAUUAUUUUGCAGAUUGUUCCAGCUGUAAGGUGCAAAUAUCUGAAACACAUCUUACGAUAAUUUAUGCUUUCAAAUAAUCAAGAAAUGCAUGCUUAUAUUCUAAACAUAACAUAAUGUCACAUCAGGUCGUCGAAGCUGUAUUGGGCAAUGUACGUUAGUAGCGCUAGAUGUCGCUGCAGUCGUUUGCAGUUGAAGCAUUUAAACGUCCGUCGAGCGCUAGGCGGAGUGAGAUUUGCUUGCGCAGGUGGAAUUUGACAACUAAAUUACAUAAAAAAUACAGUUGCGGCGGUGUUGUGUAGGCUAAUUUCAGCCCGCCCAUGCCUCUGAAAUCAAAAGUUAACUCUGGCAAAUGCGCGGUGAAUGUAUUUUAAUUGCUCUCCCGAAGCUUCUGUUCGGGAAACUUGCCCUGCAUCAGAAAUUUUUUUUUUCAGAGUAAUGUCUCUG